AUGACAGUAACAAUUGAAAACAUUUCACCUUCAACAGCGGAAGGAAUUCUUUACAAGACAAAGCUUCUUGAAUCAAUUAAACAUAAAUUUAAAGAUGUUGAAAAUAAUAAGAUUCUCUCAAUUCCUACGAUACUUGAUCCAAGAUUCAAACGAAUGCAUUUUCAAAAUGCCUUGUCAGCAGCUGCUACUGUGGAACAAAUAAACAAAGAAAUGAAAGUAAUUUCUACGAUAAAUAAAGAGAUAGAACAACCUGUUCAACAAGAAUUCUCUGACAUAACGAAUCAAUAUAGUAUAUGGAAGACUCAUGACAAUUUGGUGGCAAAGAGUACUAACGAAAGUAUGGACGAUGACCAUCUUCUCCACGAACUAAGACAAUAUUUAAAGCAACCGGUCAUCGCUCGACACAACAAUCCAUUUCAACAUUGGAAAACCUUAAAGUACUCGUUCCCAACGCUGUACGAACUGGCAAUUCGAUACAUGAGUAUUAUUAGUACCUCUGUACCAUCAGAAAGUAAAUUUUCCGAGGCUGGUACCAUUAAGAAUCAUGAAAGAAAUCGAAUAACGGGUGAACACUUAAACCAACUCUUAUUUAUGGGAUCUCUUUCAAAAGAAGAAUGGAAUUUGACAUAA